AUGAGCAGCCGCCGCAACACGGGGACCACCAGCAGCAGCAGCCAUGGAUACGGACCAGGGAGUGGAAGACCCGGCUCGUCUUCUCAAAAGAAGUUGACGCCGCCGCCGCAGUUGCACGAGAGGGUUCUGCUCAAAGGACAGCACUACCGCCAGUCCCGGCUGCAACCUCAGCUUCAGCCUCAAUCACUGUCUGGUGAUCGUGUAGCAUCAUCGUCACUGCCUUCGUCUCGAGAGGCACAAGCACAAGCACACGCACACGCUGCGCCACACCACGACAGCAACCUGCAGCAGCACCUCAAUAAUCAACGCCAUCAACCGCAACAGACGCAGCAUCUCCGGGUGCAUCUGCGAGGGGGACAGGAAGGACAAGGCGGCGUCGGCACCGAAAGAGGAGGCGCCGGAGGAAAUAGAGGAGCACCUCGAGGAGCUCCGCCGAGGAACUUUCCCUACAACAACUCGAACCGCGAACCGGCCCUUGGUGGCUUCAACUCGUCGACGAACCAGCAAAAGUUCUGGCCCGAAGACCUGCGCAACCCCCGAGGCGGACUAGGUAUCGACCACAACCUGCCAUCGCCGCCGACUCCCAAGUUCGAGGUGAAGCGUGGAUUUGGACAGAGGACCGAUACCCCAUCUGGAGAGUCGCUCCUUCUCGAUUGCAAAGAAGAGGUCCUCCCCACCUUCCACGUCUUCGCCCAAGCUCAAGCUCAAGCUCCAAACCCGGAAGCAUUCACCAGACAGCAUCAGAGUAUCGGCCGCUGCAGCUUCCGACGCGCGACUUGUCCAAUCUCCAACGCGAAAACGACGGCGACGACGAGAAUGGCGACCGCAACCUCGUCGUCGCGUCUCCUUCUCGCCCAUCGCGACUUCUCCCGCAAUCUCGACACCAUUUCCUCUUCCUUCUCCUGCGGCAGCUUCUCCUCUCUACAAGCAGCACUGGCUAACGUUCCUCGCUCCCGCAGCAAUCUCGACGAACUGCUUCCUCCCCCGAGUCUCGCUCGCAUCGAAAACGACGGCAGCGACCCCUCCGGCUCCUGGCGGCCUGCUUCCUCCAUCUACUCGCUCAACCGCGACUCCUACGCCUCCCCCGUCACGCCCAACUUCGCAAACGUGGCUGCCCGUAAUACCUAUUCCUCCGCCGUCGCGGACAUUUCUCCCCCGAGCUCUCCUGACUUGGACGCUCGUGGUGACGCAACAUUCAACCAGCACCGGAGUGUCUCUCCCAUAGAAGACUCGUCCAACAUGUCGCAACUCGCUCUCGAAGACCAGCAUACGGGCCAGCAGCCCACGCCCCCAAAGAGCAACAUCCCCAUGAUGCGUCGCGAGCGCAGAAAGAACCAGGACGCCGCAGCCCACACCCUGCGAGAGACCAAAUCCCAGCAACGCCUGCGGAUCCAGCGCGAGACCAAGUGGGAUGACAUGACGGGCGAACCCACGUACCUCGACACGGGCCGUGCGGGCCAGGUCAGACCACAGGAGUACGCCCAGGGACUCACCCAUCCGACGCCCUUUGGCAAGUCACCCGCCGCCAUGAGGGCCAUGCAGAAUGCCCCCCAGGCACAGCAAACCUUCACCGAUCGCCUGCGCAGGCUGCGGCCCGUCGGCGCAGGGAACCCAAAGGACCAUCCAAAGGACCAGCAGCAGCACCAGCAGCCAGACGAACGUCCAUCUGCCACUGCAACUGCGCCCGUGUCCAUCGACGAGCGUCCGCCCUGGCGCGGCGCUCAUCAAAGCGGACGAACUGCAAUCGUCAACCCAGUUCGCGACACGGAGCCCAAGGAGCCUCUCAGCAUCCCGCGCAGGAGCAGCAGGCGCAUCGCCGUUGGGCCUCGGCUGCCCAUCGCCGGCGUCUCUUCACCACUCUCCCCUGUCAGCCCCUCCGGAUCUGAAACGUCGCCGCGGUCGAGGACGCCCACCGUCAGAACUGUGCUCAACGCCCCCCGCCAGCUUACUGCAGGCACCAACGCGCCCUCCCCCUCGGCCACUCGAACCCCUCCGCCCGCUCAGUCCUCCUAUCCCAGCCCGCCCAACUCGGCCAGUGCUGGCGUCCAGUCCCCCGUACUUGCGACGCCCGAAGCCGCUAGCAGUCCGCCUGUCACGACCCGACAGCCUGCACCCCUGCCGGGCCUGCCCGCUGCCCCUAAUGCACAUCUCGGCCAAGACAAGGCCAUUCGACGGAAGCCUCCUCCUGCCAACUCGCAAGCGCUUCACGCACCGCAGCCGUCAUACUCCUCGAGCGUCUACUCUGAGGCCACCACCGUCCCGCCCGUCAGCACCCACGAGCGAUCGCCGCCUCGCGCACCGAGAUCACCCGGUGAAGCCCUCAAGGCCAACGAGCCUCGGGACCAGCCCCCGUCGCGGUUCAGCGUCACCACCUAUGCCACUUGCGCGGCGGACCAAACCCCUCGUCAGUCGACAGAUACCGCGCCUCCGCCGGUCCCCGCGCUGCCUUCGCCCCAGCAGCAGAACGGUGUCAUGAACCGCAAGCGUCCGGCUGUUCUUGGAUCCACGAGCAACGCCAUCAACGCGGACAAGCCUUUCGUUAUUUCCAUGUCCUCGCCUUACAUGUCCAGCGCCUUCCCCGAUAACGACCUGCCCGCUCCUGCACGAUCAGAACUCCCCAGCCAGAAGCAGCCGAUACCCCGCACUAGUAACGCAAGUAUGUACAGCACGUCCAGUCGACCCGACUCGGUUUGGUCCACGAGCAAGGCCCUUCCGCCGCCGCCGACCGAGACCUCCAUGGUCAACGAUCGUGUAGGCUACCUCAACGCCCGUCUCGAGUCACUUGGCAAUCGCCGCAUCAACAUCAACCAAGCCAUCAAGCAGAUGACGGAGCUCAUGCCGACCGACAGCAUCCUGGCCAGCGAAGCCGUGCUACGCAAGCGCGAGGCGGAGAAGCGCAAGGUCGAGGCCCUCAAGGUUGAGCUGGCAGAGGUCCAGCGCGAGGAGUACGAAAUAGGCCUCAAGCUUCAUCGCGCCUACAAGAGGAUGGAUCGUAAUGCGGAGUACGAGCCGACGACGCUCUGGGUGAGGAGGGUUACUGGCUGA